AUGCUCGAAGAAGAGAUUGAUAUCGAAUUGAAUACUGUCAACCCGCAAAUUACUAGUAAUAACACCGAAACCUCACCUCCUGGUCGUCAGCAAGGUUUUGUCACCCACGGGGACAUGGAAGCCGAUGGAAAUAAUGAUAUAUUGCCACCCUCGACCUAUUUAGAGCUCUAUGAAAACCGACCUUCUGCGGAGCCCCUACCUUCAGUUUUUACGACCGAUAUGCUGUCGUUGGAUCUACUGCUCGCGGAAGGUUUAUCUCCGGGGCCGGAAAUAGAUCUUGACGAUAUUGACCUGGACGGAAUGCAGCACUGGAGUCAGAUUUUCCAUACUCCCUGA